GGCUUGCGUCACUGAGGUGCGACCGGGUCAGCGAGCGAGCAGCGGCCGCUUGCGGGUCUGAGCGGCUGCCGGAAGCGGUGCUGCUGCUGCCGGGUGGGCGAUGCCUUGAGCCUUGGAAACUAUGUGAAGCAACACUUUUUCUGGAUUUUGAAAGACGUCAUUUCAUCAUGGGACAGCAAAUUUCAGAUCAGACACAGUUGGUUAUUAGCAAGUUACCGGAAAAAGUAGCAAAGCAUGUCACAUUGGUUCGGGAAAGUGGCUCCUUAACUUAUGAAGAAUUUCUUGGAAGAGUGGCUGAGCUUAAUGAUGUAACUGCUAAAGUGGCUUCUGGCCAGGAAAAACAUCUUCUCUUUGAGGUACAACCUGGAUCUGACUCCUCUGCCUUUUGGAAAGUGGUUGUACGGGUGGUCUGUACCAAGAUUAACAAAAGCAGUGGCAUUGUGGAAGCAUCACGGAUCAUGAAUUUGUACCAGUUUAUUCAACUUUAUAAAGAUAUCACAACUCAAGCAGCAGGAGUAUUGGCACAGAGCUCCACCUCUGAAGAACCUGAUGAAAACUCAUCCUCUGUAACAUCUUGUCAGGCUAGUCUUUGGAUGGGAAGGGUAAAGCAGCUGACCGAUGAGGAGGAGUGUUGUAUCUGUAUGGAUGGGCGAGCUGACCUCAUCCUGCCUUGUGCUCACAGCUUUUGUCAGAAGUGUAUUGAUAAAUGGAGUGAUCGACACAGAAAUUGCCCUAUUUGUCGCCUACAGAUGACUGGAGCAAAUGAAUCUUGGGUGGUGUCAGAUGCCCCCACUGAAGAUGAUAUGGCUAACUAUAUUCUUAAUAUGGCUGAUGAGGCAGGCCAGCCCCACAGGCCGUGACCUUGGGGUGAAGGUCUUUUGCUAUUGUGGGCGACAGAUACUUUGGUCAUGGGGGAAGAAUGCAGAAGAAUGCAGGGUUAUUGUGGCACGGACGCAGAAAAAUCAAUUUUCCCCGCCCUCUUAUUUUUUCUAUUCUGACAAUUUGUCCCAUUUUGUAAAAUAAACUUUCCAUGUCUUCCAUUUAUGGUAAACUAAAAUUUGCUACUGUUUUAGACCAUAUUUUCCUAUUAUUUAUCUGUUCUAAUGUGUAUUAGAACUAAUUGCUCUUGAAUCCUUUGCUAAAGGUAACAGCAACAUUUCCAGAGGCUUCUGAAAUACUAUUGUUUUUCAGGGCAGAAGUAUUCUGGAAUCUUUUUAGUUAGGUUUAAAAUAAACCUUUAAUGUUAAAAAGUUGUAGCUAUCUGAGAGAAAAUUUUAAAUGACUAAAAAUGUAGACUACUUCCAAGUACAUGUUACUACUAAAAACUAGUCUUUCUGCUGGAAUCUAAGGACUAUCUAUGCCCUCUUGUGGUUAAUUAUUGUUCCUUUAAUAAUUUUUACUUGAAAUGAUCCACAAUUAUUUCAUAACUUUAGUUGUGUGUUUUGGAACUACUGUACAUGUUUUUUACUUAAGGUGUUUGGUUUUUGUUUUGUUUUUUGCCAUGCUGUACAAUUUGGGUGAGGUCUCUUAAGUUGGGUGUGACUGCCUUGCAAGUGGAUUUCUGCUGGGGAAUCUUCUUGGCUGUUCUGGAAAUGCUUUCCUACAGCUGGGUAACUGUACUGAAUGGUUUUGAUAAUGCUCACACAACUUAAGAGUUUCUGAAGGAAAUUUUUCUGUAUCACAAAUACUAAAUUUUAUAUUUCCAAAUUAUGAUAAGUCAUUCAAUACUGGUUUAUGGUGCUUUUAUUUUCUUAACUUGAAGGCAUCUUUCUGAGGUUUCAAAGUCCACAGAUUUCUUAGAUUAAGAGAGAAGAAAAUAGGGUGAGGCUUUUUCACUGUAUAUACAUAUAAAACAUCUCUGAAAAUUAGAAGAUAAUUUGGCUUUCUUACUAUUUCACUGUACUUCCUUUGAAAUACUCUGAAAGAAUAUAGUAAUAAUGGAAUUGUGAUCUUCAGUAGCACCUCAACCAUUCUUUUUAUCAACUAAAAUUUUUAACAUUAACAUUUCAGCAUAUAAUAAAACAAGAAUCUGUCUCCUUUAAAAAGUAUUUUAACAUUCCAUGUAACUUUUCUGACCUAUAAUUGGUAAGUUGCCAAUAUCACUAUUUUCCUAAAUCAAGGUAUCCAAUUUAUAUUGCUAAUUAUUGAUGACAGAAUUUUUGGAUACUAAAAUUAUAAUAGGCAUGCAAGUAAAAUAAAAUGCAUUAUAAGGAAAAACAUCUGACCAAAGGUAGCUUGAUUUUACCCAAAAAAUACUGAAGACUAAUCCAUUGGCAUUCAUGAUGGGGACACCUAACUACCAAAUAGCCAAAUACUCAUUAUGAUGGAGGUUUAUGCAAGCAGAGUACUUGGGGUUCUGUCAUAUCAAUCUGGCAAUACACUUGGUUGUGUGACUUUAAGAAAGUCUCUUCCUCUUGUUUGUAGGUUCCUACUUUAGAAACUGGGACUUUUUCUGUAGUUUUGACACUGUUUUAGCAGUGGAACCUUUUUUUCAAGUAAAAUCUUACACACACCCCUUACACACACAUGUGCAUUCGCGUGUCCUCUACCCCACUAUAUAAAAUUCAUGUUUUAUUAAUAUAAAUUUCCUUAUGUAUUAUAUAAACUUUAUAUACUAUGAUAACUAAAUAUUAAGUAAACCAAUAAAAACACAUAUUAAUGCAUUGGUGAUAUCCAGUAUAUUUGAAUUUGGUGAGUAGCAGAUUUGUAUGAUGGGAAUUGGUUUUUAAAUUAAGUUUUUAAAUUUCUUUAAAUUAAAUUUGCAGAACCUUGAAUCUCCUCCGUGGAACCGUAGUAGUCCAUGGAUCAUAUUUUGAAAACCUUGGGUUAGAUGACCCUCUGAGAUCUUGUCCAACUCUAUGAUUUUAAAUUGUCCUUUUGGAUUAGACUUGCUGAAUUUAAUUCAGAUUGCUGAAUUUAAAAAUGUUUCUGAAAAUAAGCAAAGUUACUUUAUGGAGUUUGGGAUCUUUCCAGGUAUAGCCAAUGAUUUUAUCUUCCUGAGUCUUUUACCUUUCAAGGAAUUAUUUAACAAUGAGCUCAGUGACUUCAUAGUGCCCAAACCUUUUUAUUUUACCAUGUUAGCUCAAAGACAUUAACUGAUCUACUGUGAAAUGUAAAAUGUUUUUAUUAGCCUUAUCAAAUGAGCACAAUUCUUUGCUCACUCCAUAAAAUUGAGUGAUGAUUCUUUAGAUGUGAAUGUUAGGUAGGUUCUACUGUAAUAACUAAUCGUAAAAGUUGUAAAUUUGUUUGAUGGAUGAAAUGUACACUUUUUGUAUUCUGUACAGCUUUUUCGUUUUUAAAGAUGAUGUACUUAAAUGUAUUUAUUAUGAUAGGAAAUAUAAUGUGUGCCUUCUAGAAUUUGUGAAAUGGUUUCAUAAACUCUUAAGGAAUUUGUUUUGUAAGUUAGUUCUGUUUUCCCUAUCCUGACUCAAUAACAAAGGGUUUACUCAUAAUGCUAUAGAACUUUAGUUUGAGAAAAUGAAUUUGACUAUGUGCUGAAUUUAGAGGUUGAAAGUAAUAGUAUCUGUUUUAUUUUUAGGACAAACUGAUAGAUUGUGCAAUAAAUAAUCUUUAGCAAAUAAA